CUUGGAGUCACCCUGGACCCCUGCCUCUCUUAUUCCCAGCACAUCUCCACUCUGGCACGCACUUGCAGAUUCUUCCUGAGCAACAUCCGAAGAAUCCGACCCUUCCUCACCAACUAUGCUACCCAGCUCCUGGUCCAGGCCCUGGUACUCUCCCGCCUAGACUACUGCAACUCCCUCCUGGCUGGCCUCCCUGCGUCCGCCACCCGUCCGCUCCAGCUCAUCCAGAACUCUGCUGCUCGCCUGGUGUUCUCUCUACCUCGCUUCGCCCACGCUACUCCACUACUCCGCUCGCUCCACUGGCUCCCGAUCACCGCUCGCAUCCAGUUCAAGACUCUUGUACUAGCCUACAGAUGCCUUGAUCAGACUGCACCCAGCUACCUCCAGACCCUCAUCUCUCCCUACACCCCCACUCGACCUCUCCGCUCCGCCUGCACUAGAAGACUGGCUCUACCUCCGCUACGCUCCCCUGCCUCCCGAGCCCGCUCCUUCUCCACCCUUGCUCCGCAGUGGUGGAACGACCUUCCUACAGAUGUCAGGACUGCCCAGUCCCUGACCACAUUCCGGCGCCUCCUUAAGACUCACCUCUUCAAACAGCACCUGUAGAACUCCUCUGUUGUAUCCUGGGACACUAUCACCCUUCAUUUAAAUAUGCUUUAUUUUGCUCUUAUCUGCCCCCUAUUUUACUGCAUUUAAUCCUGUACCUCAGAAUAUUGUAAUCUGCCAAGUGUUUAAUCUGUAGUAUUUUGUACUUAAUCAUAUCCUGAUGUAACUAUCACUAUUUAAUCAUAUCCUGAUGUAACUUUCACUUAUCUGCUGUAUUAUUGAAUUGUGGUUUGUCACACUUGAAUUAUUGUAUUUCUUGUUCUUAUUGUAUGACUUAUAUUGUAACACUUGAAUGUAUUUGUAUUUGCUUGCGAUUGUAAGUCGCCCUGGAUAAGGGCGUGUGGCAAUGCGCCCCGCCCCUGUGUGCAUUUGUGUGUUAUGUGUUGCGUGUUGCGUGUGUAAAUGUUGGUGUAUAGAUUGGUACACGGGAUAUAAACGGGUCUGUGUUUCACGUGUAUUUAAAAAGUAUAGAUUUGUAUUUAGGCACGGGAUUGCACAUCACGCACGUGCAUUUAAAAUAUAAUAUGCGAGCACGGGGUUGCACAGAAUUAAUUCACGUGCUGGGAUUCAAGUGAAUAAUUAAUUAGUAAUUGAAUCCCAGCACAACAGUAUAUAUAGAGACACAUUUUCACUCACUGGUGGUUAGGUGUUCAGAGAGUGGAGAACGGGUGAGAGAGAAGGAGAGUUAAAAGCGUAAUUAUAAAUAUAAUAAGUGUUUUGUUUGUACUCACCGUGUUUGUUUGUCUCCGUGCACCGUUUGUGUUUAGUGCGUUUUGUUUGUCUUUUUACUUUGGCGUAUAGUGCCGUGUCCUGUGUUUUUGUUGUUUCAAACCUUUUAUUUUCUGUCUGUUAUUAAAUGCUGAGCGCAAUCACGCGCUCAGCUUUACCAAAACCCCAUCUCUCUGUUUAUUUAUUUCCUCCAUCUGGUCUGACGCCACCCACUCCGGCCGUCUUUGUGACACGUGGUGUCAUCGUGGGAUA